AUGGCCUACAUAUGCCUGUACCAGGAGGCGAGCCACCCUGACGAGAUGAGAGAGAUGAAGGCGUAUCUUGCAAAGCUAUUCGUGGCCAUCCUCCCUUUCAUCCGCCGUCAGCCUGCGUACAAAGAUCAUAUUUCGGGUUUUUGGUCCAACCUGCCGUUUCCCUGGCGGGAGGACAUGAGGGCCUUCUACGAUGAGGGCCUUCUCAAUGAGUACGCGCAGAUCUUCGACACAAAGGGCAAUUGGAUCGAAGAGGAGCACGGCGAAGAACAGACUGAACCGCAGAAUCUUAGUGCCCCUGGUCCUUCUUCUGGUGCACCUCCUUUCUACGGUGCUUCAGUUGAUGAGAUGACUCGACGUAUGAGAGAUGCUAAUGUGCGGGACUUCUGA